AUGAGGAAAAGCCGUCCUGGUACCACGCGCGGUGGGUCUUCACUCAAGCUAUGGAAGGUGCAAGCACCACUUAUGUUGAUGAUCUUCAGCUGGCCAUUGUUCUCUCUCAGUGGUCCACAUCUCUAUUCAGAGCGCACCUUCCUCUCGAAGCCUUCUCGGACUUCUUCCAACCUUACUGUCCAAGCGCGGAGUGGAGUCAAAGACCACCGUCAAAACCGUGGAGUCUUCCAUAAGCCGUCCAAUCCAAAAUGGACAUGGCCAUUAAGCCUCAUGAUCCUUACCUUCAGCCUAUCUGCCUCAAGUGUUCAAACUUCCAGUCGCUUUUGUCGCCGCUGGUCGAACAAGCAAUCGACCAAGCUACAAGCAUUCGCUGGAGGUUUGGAAGGGUGUGACUAUCAUGGAGCAGGGCGCUAUGAAUUCGACCCGUUGAAUUUCUGUGAGCUCUUCCCUGAGCAUCUCCCCUGGUAUAGAGAGGCAGAGGUGAAGCACGGGCGCGUUGCAAUGCUGGCAUAUGUGGGAUUGGUCGCACCCGAGAUGUUCCGGAUUCCUGAUCCUAUCUUCAAUCAAGUGGGCUUGGAUUCCGUCUCAGCCCACAACAUGCUUCUGGGAGCUGGUUUCGGCCGGGGACCGAUGUGGUGGCUUUCCUGUUCUGCGGAUUCCUGGAGGUGUUGCGAAUUGGUCAACUUGGUUUUGACUUCGAACUUCUUACUUUGGAUACUGCAGGAGACUUCGGCCUCGCUUUCACAGAAGAGAAUAUGGCAGUUUUGA